GUCGCAGAUCUUCUCUUUCAAAGAGCCAAAGAUGCUGGUCUGGAGUAUGACUGUGUGUGUGGCGUUCCUUACACAGCACUGCCGCUGGCCACGAUUAUCUGCUCAGAAAAUCAGAUUCCAAUGCUGAUACGGAGGAAGGAAGCAAAAGACUAUGGUACUAAGCGGCUGGUAGAAGGCACCAUUAAUCCAGGAGAAACAUGCUUGAUCAUUGAAGAUGUGGUAACAAGUGGAUCUAGUGUACUGGAAACUGCAGAAGUUCUUCAGAAAGAAGGAUUAAAAGUCACGGAUGCUGUAGUGCUGUUGGACAGGGAGCAGGGUGGGAAGGCCAGGUUAGAGGAACGUGGAAUUCGCCUGCACUCUGUGUGCACCUUGCCCGGGGUGUUGGAGGUUCUCCAGCAGCAGGGAGAAGUGGCAGCUGAGAUGGUUGAAAAGGUGAAGAAAUUCAUUCAGGGAAAUAUGUUUGAGCCAGUGGCCCAGAACGGCCCCGCACCCAUGAAGAGACUCUGUAAAGAGCUGAGCUUCAGCGCUCGUGCCAAGCUGCCAGGGGUACAUCCUAUUGCAGCCAGGCUUCUUGUGCUCAUGGAAAAGAAGCAAACGAACUUGUGCCUUUCUGCUGAUGUCACCAGCUCCAAAGAGCUGCUGCAGUUAGCUGCCAUCCUGGGCCCCAGCAUUUGUGUCCUGAAGACUCAUAUAGACAUCCUGAAUGAUUUCACCCAAGAGGUAGUAAAAGAGUUGAGAACACUUGCAGAUCAACAUGAAUUCUUGAUUUUUGAAGACAGGAAAUUUGCAGACAUUGGAAACACAGUGAAACAUCAAUACGAAGGUGGUGUGUUCAGAAUCGCAUCCUGGUCAGACAUUGUUAAUGCCCACGUGGUUCCAGGCUCUGGAGUUGUGAAAGGUCUGAAGGAAGUAGGUCUUCCUCUCCAGCGUGGCUGUCUUCUGAUUGCUGAGAUGAGUUCCCAAGGGUCACUUGCAACAGGUGAAUACACAAAAGCUGCGGUACAGAUGGCUGAAGACAACCCGGAUUUUGUUUUUGGAUUCAUAUCUGGAUCUAGAGUUAGUAAUAAACCGGAAUUUCUUCACUUAACUCCAGGGGUGCAGCUGCAAACUGGAGGUGAUAACCUUGGACAGAAGUACCUAAGCCCCAACAAAGUUAUUAGUGAAAAAGGUUCAGAUAUCAUUAUUGUGGGACGUGGCAUCUUGUCAGCUUCAGACUGUCUUCAAGAAGCAGAGAGGUACAGGAAGGCAGCUUGGGAGAGCUAUAUCAGCAGACUUGGUAUUCAUGCCAAAGAUUGAAAGCAGGCUACUUCCCUAGACAAUAAACAAAGAUGAUGGAGCUGCAAUCAUCGUGGGACUUCCAGUUAAAUACAUAGAC